GUUUUAUUUAUGAUGUACUACACGACGACGCUGUACCAACCUGUGUGCAUGCAGAGAUGAGUCUUAAAUUUGAUCCAAUGACCGUGACACACGAUAACUGCUGCGGCUGAUAAAUUUAUCGAAUAGGUCUUCCUUCUUUCGGUUAUAUCUCUCAGCAAGAUUAUAUGAUGAACCACACUUUAGUCACCCAUUUCCCCCUCCCUUCCGACUUUCUCUCCGUUUACUGAGCGCCGGCUUCAUUUCCCCUGCAUAACAGAACUACGCAUGCUCAUAACGCCGAAGGCUGUUCUCCAUGCUAUCUGCCGCAUCCUUCUCGCAGUUGUCCGCAUUCCCGGUCUUGUCUCGCUCUCCAUUUUCAUCACCCUCUAUGUCAUAACUGAGCAGCGGUUUUCCGUCAAGUUUUUCGCAGAAAGCUAUACAUGGCAACCUGCUUUUCCUUCAAGCUGGAGGUCCAUACUCCUUCUCAUCUUCGUAGUACCCAUUUUUGCCUUCGUCCAAAUACUCCGUCUCUUGGCUUAUCGAUUCCUACUUCCCCUGCUAAUCGAGCGAUGGAGUAAGGCUUUUGGGAUCGCUGACCCUUCCCAGGAAGGGUAUGUCAUGUUCUAUCGAGACCACUCUAUCGGCGGACGUGAACUGUUUAACGCCGAGGAACAAAAUGCGCUCAUGGAAAAUGCGGAAGAAGGUGCUAGCGUGCGCUCAUUCUCUAGACCAACCUCUCCUACUCCCCGUCUGGUAUCCCAUCUCAAACUGUGGCGGAUAAAAGUUUUCGCGUAUCUCGUCCUGUUUUGUUUAAGCACAUGGAUCGGAGUCCAUUACGAACAACCUGGCGAUGUACGGUACAGGGACGCCAUUCAGGAGGCCGUCGCACACCCUCGAAAACAAGGCUACGGAAAGCAAGAGAAAAUUUUCAUUGCCGCAAUGUUUCACAAUAACGAAUAUGUUAUUCCGUACUGGCACGAUACCCUCAUCAAAGUCAUUCACUAUCUCGGUCCGGAUAAUGUGUUCGUCUCUAUCGUGGAGAGUCACAGUUCCGAUAGUUCCCCUCAGCUCCUUGAAGCACUAGAUGCAGACCUUGCGCUUUUGGGAGUGUCACGGCGCAUACUCACAGGAGAUAAAGCAGUACCAAAGCCUAUCGAUUUGAGCGGAAACAAACGUAUUGAAUUUCUAGCGGCCACGCGUAAUCGCGCAAUGGAGCCCCUGAUAGUAGGAGGGUAUGAUAGGGUUGUGUUCUCGAAUGACAUAUUUAUCGAGCCCGAGAGCUUCGUCGAGUUGUUAGAAACGAACAAUGGGGAUUAUGACAUGGCAUGUGGCUUAGACAUGGGUCAUUUUGGUGCAUAUGAUAUGUGGGUUCUUCGAGAUCGACAGGCAAAGCUAGCCAGUGCAAUUUGGCCUUAUUUCUUCGACGAAGCUGAUUAUAAAGCAAUGCACGCCGAGUCUCCUGUACCCGUGUUCACCUGCUGGAACGGUAUCGUUGUCUUCACUGCAGAUCCUCUUCUCCCAAUAUCCUUGCGUUCUAACCGCACGCUGUCCGACGACCCUCUGCCAUACGAAUUGCCAGCGACCCAUCCAGCAGCACACAAUGCUUCGAUGCAGGGUCCGAGUCCUGCUCUGACACCCCCAAUACGGUUCCGCGCGUCUGCACCAGAGGAAUGCUUUUCGUCAGAAAGUUUCUUGCUCCCGUAUGAUAUGAGGCGACAGUUCAAUCUGCAGCACAUAUAUGUCAACCCAAGGGUGAUCAACGCUUACGACUGGAGGUUUUAUUUCUACUUCAAGUGGCUCAUGCGCCACCCCGUACUCCGGUGGUGGGUCGAAAAGGUGUAUGAUGGUGCAUGGAUGGCCAGAAGUGUGCUUGUCGUGGGCGAUGCAGACAAGGUUUAUUGGUGGGACGGUGGAGACUGUCAUCCAUGGUGGUAGGUUGCAGUGGACUUGGUCAUGAGAUUUUAUGAUUUCAGGGCAACGAAUCAUGAGACGAUGUGGGACUGUCCAUUUACGACUUACACGAUACUUAUUUCCUUCGUGCACAGAUAGAUAACCCAGGCAGGGUACCACAAUUAUUUAUAGUACUUUACCCAUUGAAUUCACGCAUUAUGUAAUAUACACGAAUAUCAUAUUUGACGUUGAUCAAGGGUCUGAUCAAAA